AUGUUUCUACUGCUCCUUUUUUUGGGGCUCAUUACAUGUUCGGCCGCCGACCAUUUUAAAACUGCAUGCUCUGCGCUGCAUCAGAAUAUAAACCUACCGAAUGUUAUCGUCAACUUUGCCGAGUUUGUCCCGGCCAAGUCUAAUGUCUCACUGAUUGACAAUCCGGCAUCAUGUGGCGCAAAGUACCAGACACUUUAUGGUGGUGACAUAUGUCGCGUUGCCAUGUCGAUUACGACAUCGAAUCAGAGCGGACUCACGGCAGAGAUGUGGCUUCCUAGAGACUACACUGGGCGAUUCUUGAGCACGGGAAAUGGUGGUCUGGCUGGAUGUAUUAAGUAUGAUGAUAUGGCAUAUGGCACCAUGUUAGGCUUCGCUACGGUCGGUGCAAACAAUGGCCACAACGGUACUUCGGGUGCAGCAUUCCUCAACAACCCCGAAGUUGUGGCAGACUUUGCAUACCGCUCCUUGCACACCGGAGUAGUGGUUGGGAAAAAGAUCACUACCCAAUUCUACCCGGAGGGAUACAGAAAGUCAUAUUAUCUCGGCUGCUCUACGGGGGUCGACUUUGAUGGCGUGGUCGCUGGCUCACCAGCUUUCAACUUCGUGAAUCUCAAUUCUUGGGGUCUAUUCCUCAAUAACAUCACCGGCCCCAUGGGCUCUCCCACUUCCUUGACUCAGCUCCAAUGGACGGCUGUUCAGAAGGAAGUCAUUCGGCAGUGCGAUGGUAUUGAUGGUGCUCUGGAUGGACUCAUUGAAGACCCAUCUUUAUGUAAUCCUAUCUUGGAAACGCUCAUCUGUACACCUAAAUCAAACAGCAGCACCUGCCUUACCGGGACUCAGGCCAACACCGUCCGCCAGGUUCUGAGCCCUUUCUAUGGCCCAGAUGGUACACUGUACUAUCCUCAAAUGAAUCCCGGAGUUGAGGCAAAUUCCUUUGGGCUAUAUUAUAAUGGUCUCCCACCUUUAUACCCAGCUCAGUGGUACCAAGAUGUUGUGCUUAGCAACCCGAACUGGGACUACACUACUUGGACACUCGAUGAUGCCGCUAUUGCUUAUGCCCAAAACCCGUUUGACAUCGAAACGUACGAUGCGAAUCUCGCAGAGUUCCAGAAUGUUGGUGGCCGGGUUUUGCAUUACCAUGGCAUGCAAGAUCCGCUGAUUAGCUCCGAGAGCUCAAAGUUGUACUACCGGAAAGUGGCUGAGUCGAUGAAUUUGGGCCCAUCUGAGUUGGAUGAGUUUUAUCGCUUUUUCACGAUAAGUGGAAUGUCACAUUGCGCCCCAGGCACGGGACCGUCCUACAUUGGCCAAGGCAUUGGCACAUAUGUGAGCAGUCACGCGGAAGACAAUGUCUUGAUGGCAAUGGUGAAAUGGGUAGAGGAAGGUAUUGCACCAGAGACAGUGCGGGGAUCGAUGAUGAAAGAAGACAAGGUGGAGUAUCGAAGACGGCAUUGUCGGUAUCCGAAGCGAAAUAUAUACAAGGGGCCUGGUGGUUAUGAGGAUGAAAACGCCUGGGAGUGUAUCUGA